CAGGCAGUAACUUUUUUAAAGUUUACACUUUGAAGUCUGCAGAUUCAUCCAGUCUUUGUUGAAUCGUGGUCUAGCGAAGAUCAUUCGUACCUCGUUUCUUUAAUUCUUUUAUACACACAGGAGGAAGGAAGAUGAUAAAGUUCCCGAAAUAUUUGGUGGUGCUUCUUCUCGUCGCAUCUGCCUCGUUGUCAGCAUGCCUUGAAGAAGAGACCCCUCAAGGGAACAAGAGAACGCCACGUCGCGCCCUUCCCUCCGUUUCGGGUGAUCAUUACUCUGAAGUCUUGUCGGAUGGGACGUACAAAUAUGCCUACACUGGGGAGCACCGUUACGUCGCCGAGAGACGCUUGGCCGAUGGUUCUAUCGAAGGAGAAAGUUUGUUCGUGAGACCGGACGGAGUUCCAGUGAAAGUUCAUUACUUUGCGGAUAAAGAUGGGUAUCGCCCAAAGACCGAAGUUCUUUACAAGGAACGUCUCGGUGCUGUCCAUACAAGAACCGUCGUUCCAAGCAAUGUCGUCCGAGAAAUUGUCGUUCCAGGAGUGCGAGAAGUUGUCGUCCCUCGACCUGGUCCAUCCGUGGUGCUUGCACCACCCACCACUGGUCACAACUCUGUCAACGUCAACGGAGGUGUCGGCGUCGGAUACAGAUCGGGUGGAGGUGACAUUAACGUGAACACUUGGGGAGGUGGACCAUCCGUUCGAAGUGGGGGCGGAAGUGGGACAAGCGACAUCAAUGUGAAUACUCACGGAGGAGAUGUGGCCGCUGCUUCUCCCUCCGUCACUGCCAUCGUUGGUCCAGGAGGCCAAGCAAUCGUUCGUCCCGAAGCGCAUGCAAGAACAUCUGGGGCCAAUAAGUAUUUUCGAUCGGCGUCCUCGGGUUCGGGUGAUGUCGCGAUUGCAAACCCGCACACGACUGCGAUCGUAGGCCCUGGUGGAUCCGUUCUCGUUGAGCCGAAAGCGUCUGCUUUUGUUGGAGGUCAACCCGAAGUCGUCCGAGAAGUUCAUCACCACACGCAAUCCGUCGUAAGGGCCCCCACUCAGGUGGAAAGGGUUGUCGAAAGGGUAGCCGUUCCCGUUCACCAGCCACCAACGUACGGGGGUGGUUACGUUUAUGAGGCCCCACGACCUGCCACAGUCGUUGUCCCUCAUCCACCACCAUCCGUCGCUGUCCGCUCUAGUGGCGUCCUCCUCGUCCCCCCAAGUUCAAGAUACAGCUACUCCUACGGCUACUCUGCCCCAGACCCAAAACAUCCCCAGAGGGACAACAGUGCCUAUGUCAAUGUCAAUGUUAACCAUUAAUUAAUUCAAUAUUUCAACAACGACACUUAUCGUAAAAUAACCAUGAAUUCUUCUCGUACAAGUGUUAAUAUACAAAUGCUUGUCAUCUUCUUUACAUGUUUUGUUCUUUUAUAAUUUUACAAUAUGACAUUGUCGCCACUUCUUUAUUAAAAAAAAUAAACGUUGAAAAGUAAGCAAGCGGAA